AUGGCGAUUUCCUCACUGCAAAAACUCGCCUCUCAAAUUACGAAAAAUCCCUCUUUCGCCCUAUCAUCUCGCGCCAUAAUUACCCGAUCAUCCGCCUCCACUUCUGCCAAGGUCUCGGAUCGACUUGUCAAGCUUUUCGCAGUGGAUCCGGACGGCAUCAAGCGCCAGAUAGCUGCGCUCUCGGGUCAAACCCUUCUCAAGGCCUUGACCAACCAGGGUUUAAUUGACCCGGACUCCCACCGUCUUGAAGAGAUCGAUGCGUGCUCGGCCGAAUGCGAGGUGCACAUCGCCCAGGAAUGGCUCGAGAAGCUACCCCCUCCUACUUAUGACGAGCAGUAUGUAUUGAGGAGGAAUUCUCGUUCUAGGGUCAUGAAUAAGCACGCCAGGCUCGGUUGCCAGGUGGUUCUCACUCAGGAGCUGCAAGGUAUGGUAGUUGCCGUGCCUGAGCCCAAGGCGUGGGACAUUCCGUAA